GAUAUAUAACACUGGGUGAAGAUAUAACAAAGAAAAUGAAGUAAACACAACUUGAGGAACCAAGGGUAUUUAACGUAUUAAUGUAUCAAACAUGACUUUACCUUGGCUAAACUUGAAGGUCCUUCACCUCUAUCUACGACAAUCGGAACAUCUCGGAUAUGAUCCAGCAAACAACAUACAAAUUACAACAACAACAACAAUUCGAGGGCGUUUGCCUGUUACUAUGGAUGCAUCAAAAGAUAGGACAGGUUUCAAGAUCAGUCGUUUGUGUUGUGUCCAAGGCCACAUGUCCAAGGCUAAUGAUAUAGUGGUGUGUAGGAGCCUUGAUACGAGUCAAGAGAAAAGACACGUCAUCUACUUUGGCGGUGAUGUCCAAGACUUUAAGGAGAACAUGUCCAUUUACAACCCAGAGUACGCGUCCUGGGAUCUAGAGACAGUGGCCAGGAUUCUACACACACGCCUCCCUGGCUCCACCGUGUUUGUGGUGAGACCCUCGGAGAUGCUGCUCAACACGUUCAGCAUCUUCCGCAACUUUCUCAGCUUUGAUGAAGAUGGGCGACCGGAAUUCAGCAAUAAUUUUGGUGCAUUGAUACAUCUUGCUCAGCUUUAUGAGAACGCAGUGAGGACUGUUGAAAACGAAGUGAGGACUGCUGAAAACAAAGUGAGGAGUGUUGAAAACGAAGUGGAUACUGUUCAAAAGUCAGAAAAAGCCAGCUCUCUGUCUGAUUCAACAGACCAAUGUGUAGCACAUGACGGUGACAAUGUUCCUUUAACUUGCGUAGGACUCAAUUGUUCUCAGUCAGUGUCAACAGAGCCAAGUUUAGUUGAAAAAGUGCCCAUAUCUCUUGUAGGUUUCAGUAAAGGUUGUGUGGUGUUAAACCAGCUUAUGUUUGAACUGGGUGGCUUAAAGGAAAAUACAGACGUGGCAGAGUUUCUGUCUAGACUGGAAGCUAUCUAUUGGAUUGAUGGCGGACACAUAGGACGGAAGGAUGCUUAUAUCACAGACUAUGAUGUGCUGCAGAAUAUUGUUAACCUUGGAGUGCGUCUAUUGGUCCACGUGACACCCUAUCAGAUCAUGGAUUCAAAUCGACCGUGGAUCGAUAUCGAGGAACGGGAGUUUGUACAGCGCUUGAAACGCUUCGGAGCAGAUGUCCAGGAGUACAAACAUUUCAUGAACUUUAAGCCGUCCAUUAAAUAUCAUUUCAAGGUUUUGACGCAGAUAUAAUAGUAAUUAUUGUAACAGAUAUUGAUUUUUAAUAAAGCCCUCAUACCAACUUAUGAGGGUUUUAUUAAAAAUCAUUUUUGGAAGUUGACCUAAAUAUUUUACAAUGCUCCAGCUAGGCCUGAAUGGAAGGGCGCCCCGCCCUGCCCUCCCGAAGCUCUGCCCUCCCGACGCCCAGCCCUGCCCUCCCGAAGCUCUGCCCUCCCGACGCCCAGCCCUGCCCUUCCAAAGCUCUGCCCUGCCCUCCUGAUGCCCCGCCCUUCCGAAGCUCUGCCCUGCCCUCCCGACGCCCCGCCCUUCCGAAGCUCUGCCCUCCCGACGUCAGCCCUGCCCUUUCGAAGCUCUGCCCUGCCCUUCCGAAGCUCUAACCUGCCCUUCUGAAGCUCUGCCCUGCCCUUCUGAAGCUCUGCCCUGCCUUCCCGACGCCUAGCCCUGCCCUUCCGAAGCUCUGCCCUGCCCUCCCGACGCCUAGCCCUGCCCUUUUAUUUAUUUAAAAAAAUAAAUAUUCUGUUUAGACAUGUCUUAAUUUAAAAAUCUCAUAUUACAUUGAGAUACAUAGAGUCACAUUAAUUAAUUCCUGAUUAUAAACAUUUUAUUUGCAUGGUUUAAUAAUAAGGGAGGUAAUAUAUUCUAACAAUUAUUAAUAAUAUAAAAAUUUAAAUGCAACAGGGAGCAUUCCAGAUACAACCGUGCGCUCGAAAGUGCCUUUUUACAAAAUACUGCGCGCUUGAAAGUGCCCCUUUGACAAAAUAGGCCCCACUGCCCUUUUCAAAUCCUAGCUGGAGAACUGAUUUGAAAUUGGGAACUUAGCAUCACUGCUUUAAAUUUGCGAACCUUACUGUUUUUAUAAAUAAUAUCAUUUGAAAAAUUAUUACUUUGUUGAAUAAAAUAGUGCACAAAAAAUGGCCCAAUAUAACGUCUUCAAAAUCUGUAUAAAAAGCUCUUUAUUGGUGUGACAAUUUAUGGCAUGUAUGUCUUUGUAUUUACUCAGUUGCGAAAUUCUGAAUUCAUACUUGUUGAACUAUGAAUAUACAGGUUAAUUUAUUCCAUGUUUAAGUAGCUGUGAUAAAGGUUUGAGUUGAAUGUGCAGUAGAAUGGAUGCAAUAAAACUUGUAUUUGCCAAACUAGAAUAGGCUUUUGUGAUGUAUCUAUAAUGGCAAAACAGAACAAAGUUACCUGAAUCGUUCAACCAAAAUGUUUGCCUAGUCCUGACUUGUACUGUUUUAAUAUUAUGUUCAAAUGUUCAUUAUUUGAAAAAAUAAAUGCAGUAAAAUCUUCAAGUGUAUAUCUAAUAGAAAUGAUUCAAUUGUGUUGUCAAAAACAUUAUAUGAUUAUUUCAUUUUUUAUGCCCCCGGAUCAAAAGAUCGGGAGGCAUAUUGUUUUUGGCCUGUCAUCCGUUCAUUGUGUUUUUCCCAAAACUUUAACCUUUGUUAAGUUUUAAAAGUUUUGUAAUAACUUUUUGAAUAUUGAAGAUAGCAACUUGAUAUUUGGCAUGCAUGUGUAUCUCAUGAAGCUGCACAUUUUGAGUGGUGAAAGGUCAAGGUCAAAAGUAAAAAAAAACAAUCCAAGGGAAGUAAUAAGCUUUAAAGGGGAGAUAAUUUCUAAACCUGCCAAAUGAUAUAUUGAAAUUUUAUUUCAAAGCGGUGCAAUAGGGGGUAUUGUGUUUCUGACAAACACAUCUCUUGUUUCACAUUUAUAUCAUAUCUACAUUUAUAUGUACGGUCAUGUUGAUUUUAAAAGUUUCAUUGAACUCAAUUAAAUAUUGCACAGAUUGA